AUGACCGAUUAUACAAACGAAAUCGACAAUAAUAAUAUUUUUUAUGUCAUAAUUACUGUAGUACUUGGUUUCAUUGGAGUUUUUGGAACUUUAUUUAAUUUAUUCGUUAUCAUUAUUAUUAUUAAAGAUUCAUCUAAAAAACUUAGGAUACCUAUAAACAUAACAGUGUUAAGUCUUGUAACCGGAGAAUUUUUAGUUGGUCUUCUUGGAGAUCCUUUUGCUUUUGCAUCAGCUUAUCACCAUGGCUGGUAUUGGAGUUACGACACUUGCAUUUGGUACGCCUGGUUUAUGUCAACUCUUGGCCUCUCCAGUAUUGGUCACUUAACAGUAAUGGCAAUUGAAAGAUGGCUUAUGAUCAUUAAACCAAUGUAUUUAUUAUCUAUAAAAGCAUCUUGGAUUCUCGCAGUUUCCGUAUGGAUUUAUGCAUUUUGUUUGAGUUUACCACCACUUGUCGGAUGGGGAAAAUAUGGUUUUGAAGCAGCUAAUUUAUCAUGCAGUGUUUUAUGGGAAAUAAAUGAUCCAUCAAAUCAUAACGAUACUUAUAUUGCAUUUCUUUUUUUCUUUGGGUUCAUCGUACCUGUUGUUAUUAUAAUUACUGCUUAUAUUGGAAUCAUCAGAAGAUUGAAGAAAUCUGAAAAUUUUCGUGCAAAGUCUGUAGGAAAACGUGAAAGAAGAGUAACAAUAAUGGUCGCACUCAUGAUCACUGGUUUUAUGGUUGCAUGGACGCCGUAUGCAAUGUUUGCACUAGCGGCUCAAUAUUUUUCUUUCAAAUUGACGGGCUUAGUGUCAGUGAUACCGAGUGUUCUGGCGAAGUCAUCGAUUUGCUACAAUCCGAUUAUAUAUGUGGGAUUAAAUCCGCAAUUCCACAAAGCCCUGAGAGACAUAUUUAGAACUCGAGGUAUUCGAAAAGUAACGAUGCCAAAAAAUAAAAAAGAAUUCAGUAACAUUCGAUCAAAUAUAACUAGAGUUUAAAUUUCAAGUUAUAAACUGGAGUAGAACACAUCCGAUGCUUCGCGUUUGAAAUAAUCACAGAAGUUUGAAAAAAAAAUUUUUACAAUUUCUAUUAUUAAUUAAUUAAUCAUCACAGAUUAUUAUUCGAGAUAUCAAUCUGCCAAUCACGACAGAUAAGAUGCAAAAGCAAAGUAAAUGAUCUAUAAAUUAUUCUUUAAAUUAAUCAGUGAAUAUUUAACUGAUUGAUGUACAGAGAUCUAAAUUCCUCAUUUAUAAGAUU